AUGGUCAAGAUCAAUGGACGAUACGGCCGAAUACUGCGAGUACUCUAUGUUCACGAGAACAUCGAGGAGCCGUACGCACACACGUUUUCUUUGCGUGUGCCUGGAUGCCUUCUCUCGAAGAUCAAGUGGAUCGACUUCACGGAUCUAGACUGGGUCACAAAGAGACCUCACACGACAUUUUUCACCUACCUGACCUACUUUGCAACAUUCACGACUAUAUCGCUCCGCCAAUGUUGCUUUCGCCAUGUCGAUGCCGUCCGGACUAUUGCCCGUUCUCUGCCUAGUCUUGACGCACUGGUUCUCAGCUCGAUCACGAUCCAAUCUGCGCCACCAGCCUUGCAGAUUACGGAACAAGAUUCCCUGCCCGCUACAACCAAGCUCCGUGUAUUGCGGCUUUACGGAUCUGUCAACGUCGACUAUCCCUCUGGGACUGCCAGCAUCGAGUGCCUUCAUCACAGCGUACUUAAUGCCCUGGUCUUGUACCAAAACACGGAGGAGCUAUGGCUGGACACGACCCAGUUCUUCUCGUUUCCUCACCUCGUGCGGUUCCUCUACGCCUUCCCCGCCCCUCGACACAUACAGCUGUAUGGAGAGCCGGACUGGGAACUUCCGAGUCUAUCGCCUGAUGGAGCCGUAUUGAGAACACCGGCGAAAGACAUCACGGCACUCACCGGUAUCGGUCUAGCGCGUGUGUCUUCGGCCUUUGCGAUGGUCUUCUUCAAAGAGUUUGCGAACCAGUGUCCCAAGCUGCAGGAGCUUGAGAUUGAGCUCGUGGAUUCACCAUCUCCCACGUUGCAAGCUACUAUCACGAAGGUGUUACAACAAUCUGGGGCGAUUCUGCGCAAGUUUAUGUAUCAAAGCGGAAAUCCAACAUCCUCUGUCUCAUUACAAUGUUUGUUGGCCCCUCCGCCUCUCCUUUCAUACAGUACUGGGCUCGAAACUCUCACGCUAGACAUGCCCUUCGCUUUAGGCUCGCGGAGUGUAUCAAGGAUCUAUAGGAUUCUCCUCUCUCUCUUUAGUCAAGUUAGGAGCCCGCGUCUGAAGAGUAUCGAGAUACGCAUCCGACUACAGGAUCUUGACCUUGUGGACCUCGCCACGAAUACGGACACGACUGGCUCGGAGACCAUCACUCCCUUCCACACUGCAAUCUCCUGCGACAAGUUUGCUAACCUGCGUGCCCUGGGCGCUGCAUUACGGUUCCGCUCCCGUGGCCACUUCACUCCAGAUCCUUCCGAAGCAACACCCCUUGAACUAUCCAUCUCCGCGGCCAUCAGAUCCUUCAGCAAGAUUCCAGAGAAUGAACCGGGCAACCCCUCCGAUUUCGUUGUCCACCUGGCGCAGUUCGAUGCAAGCUAA